CUCCUGAUUGGCUUUUGUUUUAAUAACACGUUUUUAUUUUAAAUUCUGUGAUAGGUGGCAGAGAAAAUUACUCCCUGGAAUAUAAUAAGCAUCAACAACUGUAUUGUUUUGAUUGUGAGAGACGGUUGGGUACGGUAUUUAAAAAUGGUUCGCCCUGAGGUUUUGCAAGAAAUUAAAAAUAAUAUUCUUAAAUAUGAAUAUCCUUUGGCCAACACGAUGACUGAUGAGGAAUUAGCUGAUAUAUUCAAAGCUUCCAACAGGCCCUUUUUAAUGGCUUGGAUGAUAAAACUUUUGGGGACUUAUGAGGAAGCUAUUGUUACUGUAGAUAAUCCCCAGCUUUUAGGACACAUGAUGUAUGAGAAUGGGUUUUGUACAAAAGAUCAAGCAGAUUCUUUUAUGAAUGGGUUUAUGUCUCCCACGGGCCAGUUUGAGAUUUUGCAGAAGAUGUUUAUUUAUAUGAAUAUAAUAAAAAAACCUAAACCUGAGUUGGAUUUUAAAGACAUUACAUUGCCCGACAUAGAUGAUCUUUUUAACAAGAAUCUAAAUCUGUUCCCUCAGUACGGUGAAAUUAAAAUUUUAACACAAGAAAAAAACGUAUCAGCAGCUACCGAAAACAAUGUCAAAGAUCAAGAAUCUGCAGCAGAUCCAUUCGAAACAUCGAACAACGCCGAUAUUACUAAGCUUUUAGCAGAUGUGCAGUUGCAUUUGCCUAUUUUAAAGAAAGUUGUCAAAGAGUGUCAGAAAGAUGAAGAUGCGAAUAGCGAUAUAUUGUUACAAAGAAACGAUGAAGUCGAGAAAGUUGUUAAAAAAUGUAGCAGUUAUUUAAGAAAAAUUAAUCAGUAUUUGAAAGACGUUAAAACAAUUCAGGAAUUUUUCAACAACAAUGAGGAAUGUUUGGCAAAACCUUCGGAUCGAAAACAUUCUGAAGCUCAUCGUCAAAUGUUAAGAAGUCUACAUAUUGAAGUAUCUAGUAUUUUAAGAAUUUUAAACGCAAUAACAAAAAAAUAGUUAGAAUUAUUAUGCUGUUUGUAUUUAUAUUUUUAUAUUAAUAAAAAUGUGUUUUUUUAA